UUAUUUUUUUUAUUUUUUAUUUUUUAUUUUUUUCAUGUAUGAAGCUUCGAUUCCAUGCAUUUGACUGUACUUCACACAUUCCUAUUACUGAGCCUAAUUAUUAAAAUAAAUUAAUCAAUCAUCCUCCAUUAUUUCCUGUAUGUCAUUAGAAGAUGUUGUUAAUCCGCCUCCUGUUCCUUCUCCUCCUCAUCAUCCUACUCCAUCAACGUAUCCGUCAGAAGAUCAAACGGCCGACCCUUUACAAGAUGAGAUUUCGAUCCCGAAUAUCAGCGAUCAGAUUUUGGAUUAUUAUGAUGCAGAGUUAUUUCAAGAUUUACAGAAUCCCAAAGUCACUUCAAACCCUAAUUACUACUACUACGAGAAUCAAGAAUCAUCUCAUGGGGGAAAUUCUUGUGGAGAAAUUUUGGACAUGCAAAGCAAACUAAGUAAUCAAAAUGAACAUAUGACUACCAAAGCAACUAGCACUAACAACGGCACCACCACAACCGCAACCGUAAACACCAUAACAAGAAGCCGCCUCAACAACCACCAAGAAAUCAUGCUCGCCUCACAAUCGGUGUUCGACAGCGACAUAUCUAACUCAAUUGAUUUCUCCAUUACCCCUCAAUGUAACCCCAACAUCCAACCAGAUCCAUACAAGCUAGAAUUAUCUGAUUUGGGAAUAAGCAGUGGCCUAAAGCAAUACCCUUCUCCUAUUGAUCCUACAACUCUGUCUCUCAUCUCGCCUUUAGGCCCGUUGUAUGGUGAUGAUUCUUUAUCAUCAAUCCCAACUUUCUCAAGCCUGAAUCCUUUAGCUUCUGUUGCUACUUCUUCCUCUAGCUGUUCUUUUCAUGAUCCUGCCUUUUUGCAGGCCGAUAUUAACACUGUAUUGGGUACUGCUGAAAAUUCUGGGAUAUUAAAUGAAAACUUUUCUAUCCCCUUUGAUUUUAAACCUAAAGAUUUGGAUUUUCAAGCAGAUAAUAGUGGGAUUUUCUCCACUGAUCAAUUAACUUCUUAUAAUUCAGGGGAAAUGCAGGCAUUUAGCAAUGAGAAUUCACAAUUGGUAAGUGUAGCAACGAGCUCUGCUCCCAUAAAUACAGAGAUAUCAAGUUUAGACGAUUCAACCUUCAAAGUUGGGAAGUUAUCUAUGGAGCAGAGGAAAGAAAAGAUUCAUAGAUACUUGAAGAAAAGAAAUGAGAGGAAUUUCAACAAGAAAAUUAAGUAUGCAUGCCGUAAGACAUUAGCAGAUAGCCGGCCAAGAGUGAGAGGAAGGUUUGCUAAGAAUGAUGAAUAUGGAGAUUCCCAUUGCAGAGACACAAAUAACCAUGAUGAUGAUGACGAUGAGGAAUUGACAAUCAAAGAAGAGGAUGAAAUGGUGGAAUCCUCGGACAUAUUUACACAUAUCAGUGGUGUGAAUUCAUUCGAUUGCAAUUACCAACAUAUCCAAUCUUGGAGCUAAUUAUAAAGUGUAAUCACACAAACUUUGUUAAUAAUUGUUGUAUUGCUGAAGCGAAUGUGCGUACAAAUAAAACAAUUAAGAAUAAUAAAGGAAAAACACUUCCUCAGAUACAAUAAAGUAAUAUGAUACUACUAGCUAGUAUUAGAAUGAGCUAGACUAUGUACCGGUAGAUGUAUGUAUGAAUUUGUUAUGAUAUUAUGAGGAUUACUGUAGAAAUUUCUGAAGUAUUAGUUAA